GCUAAAUAACGAGUAUUAAACGAAUGCGAAUACGAUGCAGACGUUAAAUUUUACUCACUGUAAGACUACCUACUAUGUGUGAAUAAGUGUUUUUUUUUGUGGCAUGUAUUUUUACAAGAACAAUGUCUUCAACAUAUCGAAUCAUCAGUGAAUUGAAAAGCGAUGAAGAUGAUCAUACCGAAGAUGAGGAAGAUAAUGAUAGCGACGACGGACAAACCGCGUUUGAAAAAUUGAAUAGCGGUGUGUCCACUGUUCAAGCAUUUUUCAAGUGUAGGAAAUUCGUACAGAUAACCAAAAAUGAGAGAACUGUCCAGAGACUGAAUUCUGAGUUAUUAUCUGCCAUAGAGAAUGAUGAUUUGGUAUCGUUCAACAACUGUUUAAAUGCAGGCGCAAGCAUCAAUGCAACUUGUACUGGUGGUGGCCUAAACACGUGUCAUGUGGCAAUACUUUUCGACAGAUGUGACCUUCUAAUCGCACUUCUAGACAAGGGCGCUGAUGGCUUGGCUUCUACUUGGACCAAUAAUUAUCUUCCUGUACAUUUAGCCGCUUGGAAUGGAUGCUUGAGAUGCUUGAAAAUUCUGGUAGAACGUUACCCUGAAAGCAUUUCAGAACAGACGACAAACAUCAUCAAUGAUUUCAAAGGAAACGCUUUAGUCGUGGAUUCAUGGGCUCAUGAAUGCGAGAGUACCAGCGCUAAGGUACCACAAAUGGUAGCAAAUAGUACACCCUUACACGUCGCCUGCAAACAACUAAACGUCGAUUGCGUACAAUAUUUAUUAAGUAAACAGCCCGAACUGGAAAUGAUCGAUGGCCGGAAUAUGACAGCUUUGGACGUGGUUAAUGAAAACAUAAUCGAUAAAAAAUUAGAACAGCUCAAAGGACAAUGCGAAUUAUUCCAAAAAAUUGGCACUUCGGCGACAGAUUUACGAUUCCUAGACCCUCAAGAGACUUGCGAGACCCUCACCAACAGCGUCAUGAGCCUAAACAGCGAAGAAUCCGAAAGUUGCAAAAAAAUCAUCCAAAUAAUUUGCCUGCUUAUCGACGCUGGUGCCAAGUUCAACAUAGCCGAAGAAAAUAGGAAAAAUUGCACCACCAUAUUGCAUACGGCCAUUUUGACCCAAAAUGAAACUUUGACUAAAAUCUUGCUCAAGAAAAACUUCGAUGUUACUGUUCGUAAUGAAUUGGGAGAUGCUCCUUUGCAUUUGGCUAUCAGGAAAUGUGCCAAAAAGUGCCUCAUUUUGUUGCUUAGUUGGGAUGAAGAUGGGAGUACUUUGGAGAUCAAAGAUUACGCGAAUAGGACUCCUUUACAAAUCGCUAUAACUCCUGGUUGGAGCUACGGAGUGUGCCUUUUGAUAGAAGCGGGAGCUAAUCUAAAUGCGGUCACUGAUCAUGGAGAUAAUGUUUUGCAUUUGGCGGCGAGUGGUAAAAAUCCUUGCGUCAUGGAUCAAUUGUUGUCUUGUUUGGAUAUCAAUCGAUUCAUUGAUUCGAGAAAUGCUGACGAAGAAACUCCACUAAUGGUAGCUGUCCUCAGUGGAAACUUGGAUGGAACUAAGAUGCUGAUAAAAUUUGGAGCUCAUCUCCGCAUAACUGCUAGAAAUAACCGGACUUUGGCUCACGCUGCCGCUGAAAAAGGCCAUCUGGAAAUUUUGAGGCUGAUUUUGAACAUGGACCGAGCUUUAAUCAACGCCAAAACUGACGACGGAGAGACCGCUUUACACUUGGCAUCUUUAGAAGGGCAUUUAGACUGCGUUCAAUUACUGCUACAGAAAGGAUGCGAUAUUAUUGGCAAAACGAUGAAAAUCAGUCUCAACAAACGUCCCAAUUUUUGCGCAGGGAUCCCGGAUGGCUUCGACUUCGGUGGAAUGCCUUUACAUUGCGCUGCGUGGAAAGGUCGUAUGGAUGUCGUCAAGUAUUUAAUAGAACAAGACAGAAGUCUCGUUAACGAACCCAAUGUCAACGGCUGGCAUCCGUUACACAUAGCUGCGUAUUUCAAUCACGUCGAAUGUACCGAACUAAUCAUCAAAAAUGGAGGAAACCUGUACCGUAAAAUAGUGGUACCGUAUUUCGACGGAUGUUUUAAAACCGCCAUACACAUCAUUACGUACACGUUCGCAGACCCUAUGGGAUUUUUCCAUAAUAUUUUCGACUCGUUUAUCACAAUGGACGAUUUACCACUUAACCAUCCGGAAUGCUUGGUUACAUUCAACUUCGCCCUUUUCACUCCCUGCGGCGACGAUAAAAAGCAAAUGAAGGUGCUAAAUGCGUUACUCAACACCGAACAAGAUGAUCUACAGACUGCCCUAUUGCUGCAUCCUUUAACCGAGACGUUUUUACACUUAAAGUGGCAAAAGCUGAGUAAAUUCUUCGUCUACAUAACUGUCCUGUAUACCAUUUUCACCGUCAGUUUAACAUCGUUCGCGCUUCUCGUCCGAACUGAACAAAUGGAGAAUUGGCAAGCUGUUCCUGUUUUUGUGAUGCUAUUUACGUUAGUGCUUCUCUCGUUUCAGGAAAUACUACAUGCCAGUAAACUGCAGAGAUACUAUAUCAAUGAUCUGGAAUCGUGGAUAAAAUGGUCGACGUUUUUGACAGCGUUUAUUGUCAGCAUUGGCGGAAUAAAUUCAAUGUUUAAUCAAUACGCCGAUACGAGAUGGAAAAAUAUAAUAGCUAUACCUGUGCUGUUGGCGUGGAUAGAAAUAUUAUUUUUGCUAUCACGAUUCCCAGUUUGGGGAUUUUACGUUCUGAUGUUUUUUCGCGUUACUUCCAAUGUGAUUAAGGUAUUCCUUACAUUCGCUUCUUUGAUAUUGGGUUUCGUCUUCUCAUUCUACAUAUUAUUCAAAUCGAACGAAACGGAAUUCUACUCAAUUUGGGAAACCUUCAUCAAAGUCGUAGCCAUGAUGUCCGAAUUCAAUUACUCCGAAACGUUCAAAAUGCCCGAAGACCUGCCCCCCUCCGAAGCGACCAUCUACGGAAUGGUCUCCAGACUGGUAUUCCUAUUAUUCGUCGUACUCAUAGCCAUCGUCCUAAUGAACUUAAUGAUCGGUUUAGCGGUAAGCGAUAUCACCGCGUUGGAAGCCCAAGGAAAAUCGCAAAGAUUGGCCAAACAUAUCGAUUUCCUGCAUUUACUGGAAACGUUCGUUUAUAGCCGAACUUUACUUAAAUGGUUACCCGAGGGGAUCGGCGAGAGGAUUAAAAAAAAUCGCAAAGUAUCCAAAACGUUCUCUUUUUACCCCGGCAGACCACACGGUUCCGAGCUGCAAAAGUUACCUAAUGAGCUUAGAAAAACAAUUUUGAAAUAUUUACUCGAUAAAAAGAACAUUAGCGGGUCGAAUUCACCUCAUAAAGAUGUAACGUAUAAAGAUGUAACGUUCUAUCCAGAGAAGAAAAUUGACUUCACCGAGUGACACGACGUCUACAUCAGGGUGGUUAAAUGUACAAUUUUCGAGUAAACCCGAAACCACAAUCGUCCGUUUUAUCUGACAGGUUAUUUACUGUACUUACGUCUACGUCGUACUACCUACCUCUAGUAUAAAACGUAUGUUCGACUUGCAAGAAUUAAAUGAGAAUGCAAAUUGUUGGAAAGAAUCGCGUGUAAAAGAUUUCCCAACUUAUUUUAUGUACCUCUCUCGAUAAAAAUGGUUAAAAAUACGCUUAAAUUUCCAAUAUUCGCAUCGAUAGGGUAUAUACUAGGAACUCAGACUGAGUGAAAAAAAACACGAGUUUCGGCGAAAACUACGCAGCUCAAAUCAUUUCGAUAACAAUCUCUCUUUCAUUGGAAUCGUUUCGUGUCUGUUUUUGAGGCUUUUCAUGCGGUAUAUGUCAAUUAAUAAUAAGGGAUCCGAACUCGACCGAAUAUCGUUUGGAAAGCGCUAAUGAUUCGACGUAGGUGGCUUUGGUGGCAACGGGUACACAAAGUUGGGGGGGGGGGUGGUGAAUUGUUGAAAUCAUACCUCCGUUUACUCCAGGAAAUGUGUCAUAUUUUAAGGUCGAUCAAGUCGAAAAAUUCAUUUUGUUUCUCUGGUUUAUUUUUUGGCUUGUUUUUUUUUAAAAGGUAGGUAUUUUUUAUUUUGAAUCAAAAAGUGUCUAAAAUAUAUAGCUAAGUAUACCUCCUGUUCUUCUAUACCUUGUAAAGUUUCAGGUGCUAAACAUCAGUUUUGGAACUUUUGAAAGUUCACAUUUUGGCUAAUGAAAAACACUAAAAAUUAAUCCGAGGUGUAGAAAGCAAAAAUUUGGUUUACAACCCUCCGUUUAAAAUGUUUCAAAUCGAUAAAUAUAGUAACAAUUUUGAAGUAUUUUGAACCUCAAAAAAAAUUGUUUUUAGUUCCCUGGAAAAAAUAAAAUUUGAUUCUGCAGUUGUAAAUACUCUCGUUUCUUGAAGUUGUUGGUUCUUAUGAGAAAAUAAUUUUCCUAUUUUUUUGAUCAAAUUUUUAUUUAAAAUUGUAAAAUCCAGCAUUUCUUCAAGAGAAAACGCCCUUCAUCAGUUUUUCAAGCAAUAUUGAUCACCCUAUAUUCAGAGACUCAAGUUGAAAAAAAUUUCAAAAAAUAAAACGGAAGAAUUUUUUUAAAAGUUUUUAAAUUCUUAGUCAGAACUCAUUUGAAUAAGUCAGCCAAUUUUCAAGGAAAAUUCUUCGUUGGUCCCUCAAAUAAUGUUGAUGUCUCGGAGCACUCAAAAAUGAAAGGAAGGAAAAAAGUCUUAAAAGAAAAAUGGUUGAAAAAUUUGUAAAAAAAUGUUUGAGGGAACCUAAAAUGAAAAAAUAAAAUAAAUGAAUAAAUACAUAUUUAAAUGAAUCAGUAAUAGGUACCUGAUGAACAAAUCAAUAUAAGCAUUUACCGAUGUAAGAAAAUGACUUUGUACUUUUUAAGCUUUUAAAUAAAUGACUUUUUAAUGAUUCAUUUUGACAAGUGGGUACAGAGCAACAUUAAUUUGAAGGAGGGUGAGUUGGGAGGGGGAAGGUUCGUAAAGGUAGAAUAAUUUGGAGAAAUUCUGAAAAAAAUUUUGAAUUCGAAAAAUGUAUUUUAUUUUAAUUUUAAUUUCUUUCAACUUUGAUAAGCUCUGUUCAGGGAGAGGCCAACAUUAUUUCUUAGAUUGGGAGGGAUUUUUUUCUCUAAAAAGGGGACUAAUUAGUAAUUAGAUAUAAUUAUUCCAUUCUGAAUUUCUGGAAAAAUUAAUAGGGUUUUCUAAAAAUGAAAACCAGGGUUGGUCGUUUUUUAAUUUUUGAAAUUGGAUGAAGCCUUGCAAAAAAUUUAUGGCUAAAUAACUUCAACAAGACAUAGAAAAAAAUGUCAAAUUUUCAAGUCAAUUCUUUAACCUUCCUGACAAGACCAUAAAAAACUUGAAAAUUUUUCGGAAAUUUCAAUCUUUUGGUUCAAAUACAGGCCUCUUGACGUCUAAUUUAUGAGUAGGUAUGUAUUAGUUUUUCAUCAUCUCGUUCAAAACAUUAAAAAAAAAACUUCACAAUUAAUUUCGCCGAUUUCAGGAGUUCUGAAAAUAAUAUAUUUUUUUUUUUUUCAAAAAGACCGCAUACGGAUCUAAUUUGAUCAAAAUGAUCGGAUGAUAUCGAGAACUGCUCAGAUCCAACAUAUUUGAACGGCUCAGGAGACGUGAUUGGAUCUGGCCAGAUCUUAUGUGAGACCUGAUCAGGGGCCAGGACAGACAUUUUCCGGAUUCAAAUAAAUUUGACCAGAUCCAAGAUCAAAUUUUUUAUCGGAACAAAUCUGUUCAGACCUGAUAAGAUGAAAUAGGAGGAUCUAAUUGGAUCAUGACCUUUUAAAAGAUUUGAUCAUACCCAAUUAGAUCUAAUCAGAUCAUAGUUUUAUUUGAAUUAGAUCUGUUCAGAGCUUCAGACGUUUGUAAAUAAUUCUCACUUACAAUCAAAAUUACAAUUUACCUACUUACAUUAAAAAUUUUUUUUCAAUAUGUACAAAAAUAACCUAAGUAUUCCAUCAUUAUGUAAUUUACCUACAUUAAUAUUAAGUGUCAUGUUUUUACUUGAUAAAAAUAACCACCUACCUAAUGCAUAUUGCAUAUCAAUGCACUAAGAGGUCCAAUAAAAGGUCAAAGUUCGGAUUCCAAAUUACAAUGUAUAUUGUAUUUAUGUAUUAAUCGUAACCAUCUUUCCUACUUGUAUUCACGUAAAAUUUUGUAAAAAUGAAAAUGUUGAUUUAAAAUUACUCAGUCAAUAAAGAGUUUUCCAUCAAUUUAAUAAA